UACUUCGACAAGGACGCCCGCAUGAAGUGCUACCUCCACUGGAAGAACCACCACGGCUACAUCCCGAGGGUAGAUGCCGUGAAGAUGUACCGAGAGGACGACAGCUUCAAGGAGUGCUGGAACAACGGCGUGAAGACCGAGGCAGACGGGUCCAUCUCGCUCACGUUCGGCGAGGGGGAGGUGACAUCCAACAAGAGGUUCCGCGUCGCGUGCCGCAUGUCCUUCCCCCCCCUCAAGCUUGGCGAGUUCAAGGGCAAGUUCGGCAUCUCCCCCCACGCGCUCAAAGUGAAACCCACGAGCGUCACUGACCUCGAUGGCAAAGCUCGGAGCGUCUACCUGGUGAGGAACCCAGCGAGGCCAGACGCGGAGAUGGACAUUGAGAGGGUCGAAGAGGUGACCAAGAAAGACAACGCCUGGAAGACCAGGGCGGUGUUCGAGAAUGAGGCUGGGAUGUUCUACGACAGCGAGACGGAGAGGGUUCGUGACGACAGCGCGCAUGGCUUCGCGAAAGCGCUCACCGAGGAGGAGAUCAGGAAGAGGGCCGCCAGGGUCCCUCAGCCUCAACCCGAUGGCGGUGCUGCUGCUGAUGAUAGUGAUGACGGAAGCAGUGACUCGGGCAACAGCGACGCCAGCGGCGGGUCGGGCGACAGCGGGAGGCCAGGUGAGCCUGGCGGGGGCGGUAGCCCCGAGCUUGCCUCUAACGCACGCCAUUUCCUGUCGGAGCUCUCGGUGGAUUCCAAGGCGACGGCGACGGCGCCAUUUGCGGGCCUGACCACUCCUGCCAAGGGUGCCAAGAGCGAGGUCGUAUCGGCGCUGGGCGGGGGGAGUCGGUCUGGUCGCACGCAAUCCUUUCAGCGCGGCCCCUCUUCCGCCGACGGCGGGGCAGGUGAUGAUCUCGACGACGGCCCGCCCGCCAGGAACGCCAAGGAACGCAUGGCGAAGCUGAGCAUCUGGGCCAUCCUGGACCAUAAGAAGAAGGGCACCCAUAUGCGGAACGCCAGGGAGUUCCUGCAUAAGGAGCCUGACGCACCCGACGGUGAUAUGCUGCAGGAGAAGAUAGAGUUGGCGGCCAAGUGCACGCAGUUUCAUCGCGGCGGCGUCUUCGAGGUCAGCCUCAAUGAUUACAACAAGACCUGCGAGGACUUGCUCAACUCUGGAGAAGAGAUCCCCGCGGUUGCCAAGCAGUACAUCCUCGACAGGCGCGUCAAGAUCUGGCAGGAGGACCCAGAUAGCUACAACAAUAUUAAAGAUAUCAUGGACAUCGUGUUCACUUGGGACAGGGCGAUGGCGAAUGACAAAUCCUCUGAGAAAGAGAGAGGUGGAAUGGGGCCCUUCGCGUGCACGUACGACCCGACGAACCCCAAAGUGCGUGCCUUGGACAUCUCCGACGCGGAGAAAGCUCUGAAGUUCGGUGAGACCGUAGUUAAAGUCAUAUUGGCGCCGAUGCUUAAGAUCGGCAUCCUGACCGACUUGCUGAACAUGCCAGACGAUGGCGUGGAAGAGACAUUGGCCAACGUGGUCACCGAGCUGCUCACGUGCUUCAGGGGGGCGGUGGACGGCGGCGGGUCCCACGAUGACUUCUCUGACCUGGCGACGCCGCCGAAGCAGUACACCUUAGCCCAAUCGUUGGCCGCAACCACCCGCUCACAGCCACACUGGAAUGGUCAGAAGGCUAACUACCUGAAGUACCGGAAGCUUCGCGAGAGGGCUGAGCCCCGCCUCCAGGAGGUCAAGACCGCAUUGGCGCCAGGUGCAACGGCCGUGCCCCUGGACACGUUCAAGACGUACAUGGAGAGCAUCUACAUGCUGAAGGGCGAGCUGCCUGAGGAAGCGUUCGAUGGCAUCAUGGGUCCGAUGAGGGACUGCGCAAUGCACAAUCUCGCAUCCAUUCACGAGAAGCUGAGCUCUGCAGAUGGGCCGUUGGACGACUUGCGCAAGUAUGGGACGUUCCUCGUGGUGGCAGUCAAUCUUUUCCCUUCGGAUGACGAGUUCAAGCAUGCCAUGGAGGACGUGCGGGAUAGGAAAGCGGGGGCUGCGAAUGGGACGUUGCUGAAGGAUCUGAAGGCGGCGUGCGAGGCCGCCGAGGCGACGACCAGCUUCGAGGCUCAGCGCGCUGGCGUGGACUCAGCCACCCUCACGAUGGUCGACGGCAUCGUCGCGUCUCUCUGUGGCCCUGACGGCUUCGCGGAUGCCGCUUGCACCAAGUCGCUGGUCACCAACCUGCACUUGCUGAAGCCGUGGGUUCCAGCGAGCACCCAUUCCAUGAAGGGCGUCUCCGUCAGCUCGUUCCUCGAGGUGUUCGGCGAGGCGCUCGGCCUGGCCGAGCGUCGCCAUGCGACUGGAAUGAAGCACGGGAGCUCGGUCGAGGACCUCGCGAAGAAGAUCCCGCUGGAGGAGGUGAAGGAGAUGAUCGCGCUCGUCGGCCCCUUCAACACGAAGCUCGACGCAUUGGACGUCCACUUGACGCAGAAAAGGCUGAACCACAAUAAGAUCAGGAUCGAGGACUUGUCUGGCGACGCUGAGGUUUUGACGUCUUGGGCAGGCGGCUGCGACGGUAAGACCUGGUCGGACAAGCUCAGGCCAGAUGACAAGAACGGGCUUGCUGCUACGAAAGCGUGCUACGACAAGACGCUCGGGAACAUUCCGGCCAAGACGUUGGUGGACCUCGCGGCUCAGGGGGAGGAGAAGUGGAGUCAGCUGAAGGAGAGGAAGACGAUCCUCGAGGUGGGCCGUUCGCAGACAGGAUUCCCACCAGAUCAGUUCGUGAUCGAUGCCUUCAACGUUGUGCAGGGGGCGCUCACGACGAUCUUUGAGCGUGAGGUCAUCGGUGCCGUCGAUGCGUUGAAAGGCAACCUGGUGCAGAUGAAAACAGCGAUCGGGGGCUACAAGAAGAAGGCUUCGACUUACGACCUGUGGGAUGACAAGCCGUUCCAGAUAUGGGCGAAGGCGGUUCCAGCGGUUCUGGAGAUCGAGAAAAAGGCCAUG